AUGCCAUCAUCUGUGAUAUCACACAAAAGUGCCAUUGCUGUAUUUUUCCUAAUAUUCAUUGUGAUGAACGUCCUUGACCUCAGUGCGGGUAUCAAAAACGUCAAUCCCGUUGACGGGCAUCAGUAUCGUCCGAUUUUACGAACUGCACGUGAAGGAUUUUUCAAUUUUAUCGGCUCCAACGGGAAUGACGAGUACUCGUUUAAUCUCAACAUGAAACGUGGUAAAUUGCAGAGGCAGUUCAAGGCUUCCGAGCCGUUUUUGUGCGACGUGAAUGUUGGUCGUCGCAGUCAAAAGGUUCCUGAUUCCGUGCACAAAUUGCUUCCGGGUGACAUUGACAUCAUUGGGGCAUUUGGUGACUCGUUGACAGCUGGAAAUGGUGCCAUGGCGACAAACAUUUUGCAAAUUAUGACAGAGAACAAGGGCAUGUCUUGGUCGAUUGGUGGUCAAGGAACUUGGAGAAAGUUUUUAACACUACCAAAUAUUUUGAAGGAAUAUAACCCGAACAUUUACGGAUAUUCGUUAGCUGAUGGCUUGUCGUAUCACAAAAGCUCAGUGUUUAACGUAGCGGAAAUUGGAGCAAUGUCUCGCGAUAUCCCUUACAUGGCCAAAGUGCUUGUUAAACGCAUGAAAAGUGAUCCGAAGGUCGAUAUCAAACAUCAUUGGAAACUGAUAACACUCCUAAUUGGGGCGAACGAUUUCUGUUCGGACAUGUGUUACCACGACACACCAGAGGUUAUCACAAAAUUGCAUGAAAAACAUUUGCUCGCUGCAUUACGAACCAUUCGUGAUAAUCUGCCACGUACGAUAGUUAAUGUUGUAUCCGCCCCUGACGUAACAAUCCUCCUCAAAUUCACUGGGAAGCCAAUGGAGUGUGUAGCAGUGCACUAUGUCGAGUGCCCGUGCUUCUUCUCGUCUCGUUUCGGCAAGAAUCGCAAACGAUAUGUGAAAAUUAUCAAAGAUUGGCAUGCAAUGGAGAGGAACGUCACUGAUCGAGAUGAAUUUCAUAAUUUGGCAGAUUUUACAGUCAAUUACAAUCCAUUUACGAGCAAAUUAGUGUUCCCGUUGAACGAAGAAGGGCGCACAGAUUUUCGGUAUUUGUCCAUGGACUGCUUUCACUUGAGUCAGAGGGGAUAUGCCAUUGCGACAAAUGGGUACUGGAAUAAUAUGAUGGAGCCGUACGGGAAUAAGAGUACGACGUGGAGUAGGAAGGAAUUUGUGGAUUUCAAGUGUCCGACAAAGGAGAUGCCAUAUCUACGAACAAAGGGAAAUAGUUAAGGUAGAUGGAAUUUAAAUUAAAAUGAAGAAAUAAACUUUAAGACUGCGUUGAUGCUUAGUUUAGUUUAAAUACAUUUGAGCUUUAAU